AUUUGGUCCCAAUAUAUUGGUUAUACAAUUAUGUCCUUGCUGUUCAUUAUGGAAUGAACAGACCACCGUAGGAAUCACUUCCUUGUCUCCCAUCUAUCUUCUCCAACAAUACAUCCAGCAUGACUGAAUUUUGUGAAUUGCACUGUGAAAAUGCGUCCUAAAAGCUAUUUAAAACGACACCCAAAAUCAGCAUACCCUAUGCUGCUUCCUUCUAACAGUAGGGCCUACAUGGUGUAAAUGUCUUAAGGAAGAGGUCUGUGCCACAGAGGGACAUCUACCUGCUUACCUCAGUGAUGGAUUAUUUUCUUCUCGCUACGCUGAUAAUGUAUUCCCUGUGUUCAAACGUUGUAGACAACGUUGUGACAAACGAAUGUAGGAGAGGAGGCCCACCUGAUGGACUGUGUAUCACAAAAAACACAACUCAAAACUGGCAUGUUGCUCGGGAGAUUUGUGCAGCUGAUGGUUUAACCUUGGCUUCACUUACACCUGACAUGACGGAAAACCUAAACAUUACGAACGUCUGGGUCGGGGGUCGCACCUUGCGGGCGUGGAGCAGAGAUAAUUCACUAUUUUAUUUCGGACAAUGGACUGGGUGUGUGAACAAUUCGUACCACACUGCAAAUAUCCGAGAAAAUACAACCCUGAGCGAAUGUCUCCAGUCUUGCUCCCUUUUCCGACGUGCACUCUUGAAUAAAACUCACUGUGUAUGUACGAACAUUGGCAGCAGAGAAGUGAACAAGAAAUUGGACGGGUGUACGGACCCUUUAAAGUGGACAAGUGGACACGGGAAUAAAACACAUGUGUUCUCAAUGAGAUCUAAAAACAUGACCGAAAAUCGAAACGGCUCUGAAACUUUAACUGUCUCUAAUAAUUUUUCCAUCGAAUUUCGCAUAUCCAAUGGAAGGCUACAUGCCUUGUGCCAGUCUACUGACAACAUGUCUGCGAUACGAUCUGUACCUUAUGGUAAUAGCGGUACCUUUUUAUGGACUUCCGAUAAAACGGUUCCAUUCGAAUAUGCCGGUGAUCAUUGCGAAAAAAGCGGAGGGACCUUGGCGAAGCUGGACUGGGGAUCGGAUUUACUAGGCCGAGAAUUAUUUGAAUUAUUAAAAGACACACAAGUGUGGAUUGGAGUAUCCAGACUCAACUGGCGAUUCCUUGACGGAACAAAAGUUUCCUCACUAUGGUUGAACUUCACACCCUCACUGGAUAAUGGCUGCCUGAUCUGGAACCAGACUGGUUUAGCAACUACACAAUGUUUUCAAAAUGCUUCCAAAGGUCUUUAUGGGCUUUGUGGGGGAAAAAAACCACGUGUGGCUACAGCUACCCCUGGUCCUAAAGUCAGCAGCACAACCCAGUCACGGACGCUGCCAGCCAUGGUUGGCUCAAACAGUUUACUUGGUGUAUAUAUUGGGGUCGGUGUGAGUGCUGGGAUUCUCCUCGUCGUGGGUAUUGUCCUGAUCGUCGUCUGCAGGGUUCGCGGAUCACGUCGGACAGACAGGUCGUCCAGUCUCGACUAUCAGACAGAGUACACCGAUGACGGAUACGCUGUAAUCUCCCCUGACCAGACAGCAGGUAGCAUGACGGCUAACCUCGCGGAAGGAGACACACAGACAUCGAAUAUAAACCAGCGAGAUUCCUUUGCCGGAAUUUCAUUCUUCGGAGAUCAGAUUAAUCCUGCGUAUGGUCAUCUCAGUAUUCCAAAUGCAAAACGCACACGUGGCAUUGAUACAUCUUCCACCUAUUACCACGUGGCAGAUGAGGCGGGGCGUGGAGAUGGGGUGGGGCAGAAUGACUAAUGACUGGGGAACGGGCAAAAGCUGAACAAUAGUAGGCCUAUUGGCUUUCUAUUUCUUGAUGAAUACCGGUAACUCUUUUGUCUUUUUUUUCCUGUUUUUGUUUUCUUUUUUGUUUUUUUAGCUUUUUCUUGACUUUCUAUUUUGAUAAUAUCUAUGUCCUCAAAAUUUAUGUAUAAUUUGCUAAUUUAAUGAUGUCAAACUAUGAAAUCGUCUAUACCUAGCUCAAGGCAUCUUUAUGUGGAUUGUGUCUGUAACCUACUGUUAGACACCAUGAAUGUAUGUUAUACAUUCCGUUAAAUAUGUGUCACGAAUGUAAGAUACAUUUAUAUAAUCACCACUGUUAUUAAGGCGUUACAUAUAAGAGAACAUUUGGAGACGGUGAGUGUUUAGUUACGUUUUUGUGAAUGUGUUUACGACCUUUACAAUGUUCUUAAUAUAACUAAAUAAAAAUGCAAUUAUACGUACUCUCAGAUGUACUGAAAGCUGAGUGCUGGCACUGAUUUAAAUCAUUUAACACCAUUUAAAACUUACAUAUAAAAGAAUUGAUUUAACAUUGUUAAGCCAUGGACUGUCAUACAUUUCUUGAUCGUAAUUAAAUUUGUAUAUAAUGUUUCCGAGCUUUGUUUCUUCCGUUAUGGACAAGGACAGUCUUUUUAGACUGGUCGAGUCUUCAGAUUGCAGAAGAAGUUUUAAUUCAGCUUGCUUUGAGUAGACAUAAGGGCAAUCUAUUUUAUAUUUUACUCCUUUAGUUUUGGAUAGACGAACAGAAAGUGAUAUUCGUCACCUGUGCAACCUGUUUCACAAGCUGUAUAGAGACGAUGUGACCAGUCAGUUUUAGACCAUCUUCCUGUUUCGAUCAGAAGUCUUUUAAUGGUUGUCUGAAAUUUACUAAGGGCUUUUCUGUGGAUUUCAUUUAAUGACAGAAGAUAUUUUUCUCGGUGGAAGUCUGUUUUCUAUGUCUUAAAUAUUCUUCCUUCGAAGAUGAUUCAAUCACUGAACCAUUUCUGGAGGAACUGAUCUUUGUGUGUUCUAGGGCUUUUAAGAGACAGGUUGCAAUGUUUACAGCUUGUGAGUCCCAUACAAUGUUUAAACCACUUGUAUAUAGAAUUGAUUUAACAUUGCUACGGUCAUAGA